GAGACUCCAGAGCUGGUUUCUUUCUCGGUUCAUCUUCUCCAUCUUUUCCGCCGGCGGAUCUUCAUCUUCUCGAUCUCCUGCUUUUCCGGUAGAGCUUCCGCCUCUUACUCCUCAUCUCCUUCCCUUUCUUCCUCUUUUCUCCAUCUCUCCAGGUAUGUCCUUUUAACACCAUCCUUCUUCAUCUUUGUCCCCUUUGCCUUCUUCUUCUACUUGUGUUUGCGUGUGUUUUUUGAGAAUGUUGACUUUUUUAUUCUCUUUUGGUGUGUUCAAUUAUAAAUUUCUAGGUUAAUAUGGUUAUACCCUCUAUGUGUUUGAAGAAAUGUCAAGAAGAGUUGUUCUUUUAGAGAAUUGUUAGAACCUAUUUCAAAGAUUAUUUUGGAAAUAGUUUCUCGAGAUUUCAUUAUGCACCGGAUGGAAGAUGAACUUUGAAACUUUGUGGGUUAGUCUUGUUUGUUUUGGGAUUCAAUUUUAUAUGCAUUAUUCCAGUUGGGAAAUGAUAUUUAUGGCCAUUAUAAGUGCUCUCUGCUGUGCUUGGUUGUUCUGUUUUUUACAUUGGCGUAUGUACUCCGUAGUACUUUUUUCCUGAGAAAAAUGCAUUAUGCCUGGUUGAGUUCACUUAAAAAGAGCAGAAUAAACAACAACAAAAAUGAUAAAAUUGAACAAAUGAACAUUAUUUCGAUCAAUAAUAAGUAAAAGAAUUGAACUAAGAAACCAUACUAAAGGAGAGAAAUUAUGAAACAAACCCCCCCCCCAAAAAAAAAUGCCCAGUAAGGUCAACUUUGAUAUGUUGGGUAGGUGUCAUGCACUUUCAGCGGUUGAUAUGAAAAUGGGAAAAUGUGGUCAUUGUAGACACAAACCUCUUUCAUAUAUCUAGUACCUUUUCUAUAAUGGGAAAAUGUGGUCAUUGUAGGCACAGACCUCUUAAUAUCUCAAAUCACGCACCAGAUCCCUUCACUUAUGCUGUGUAUAUUAGUUUGGCAAUUAAUUUUAUUUUAAAUGUGCUUGUUCAUAUAGAUAAAUGGAAGACGAAGUGGUAAGAAGAGAAGAAAUAGAUGAAGAAACUGAAGUAGAAUUUUAUGCAACUAUCAAGUACUUGUUGUUGGGCAUUCAAGCAACAAUGAUUGUUUUAAGAGAGGCUCUAAUUAACAUGCCUCAACGUGUGGAAGGUUCCCUUAAACGUCGCUCUGUAACUACAAAAGGAUAUCAUUAUAUACAUAGAGUGUUGAAAGAAGAUCCACAAAGUUUUCGAGAGUUGUAUAGAAUGUAUCCUGAUGUGUUUCUUAAGCUAUGUACAAUUAUCAGAGAAGGUACGCCUUUAGAAGAUACAAGGUAUAUUUGUGUUGAAGAAAUGAUAGCAACAUUUCUACUCAUUGUGGGUCACAAUGAUCGGUAUUGUAAUGUUCGCCAAAGAUUUGGUCGUUCACAUUUCACAACUAGUCAAAACUUUAACAAAGUUUUGAAGGCAUUAAACACUAUAGCACCACAAAUGAUGGUCAAGCCCGGAUUUGCUGUGCCUUCUAAAAUAAGAGGCAACACAAGAUUUUAUCCCUACUUUAAGGAUUGCAUUGGUGCUAUUGAUGGCACUCAUAUUCCUGCAAUGAUAAAAGGUCGUCAAUGGGUGGGAAGGAUCUGCACAUGAUUCAAAAAUGUUGAGUGAUGCCUUAUCUAGAAGAAAUGGACUUGAAGUGCCUCAAGGAAAAUAUUUUUUGGUUGACUGUGGAUUUGCUAAUCGACGACAAUUUUUAGCACCAUUUCGAGGUGUCCGAUAUCAUCUCAAAGAUUUUGGAGGUCAAGGUCGUCACCCCCGAAAUGCAAAUGAGUUGUUCAAUCUUCGUCAUGCAUCGUCACAGAAUCCAUAGACUUUAAACAAUGUAUUGAAAUCUUUUAGAAUCGUGAUUGAAUACAUCCCCCUUAGUUCUGCACAUUAGAUCUUCCCUGUACUUCUUAAAUUAAUAAUUUUUUUAAGACCUA